GAGGACAGGAUGGACACGAGAUGCCAAGAUUUGACGAGUACGAGGCAGAUUUGACAUGUAUGGUCGAAACAGACAGUCAGGGAUAUUGUAGAGAAUGCUAUGGGUCGACUGACUUAAUUAGUCAGUGUCAAGUCUACGUUACACUUGUCUGUGUGUCGAUGCGAUUUGAGUCUAGCGCUGUCCCGCGUUUGUGCUUGUGCUUCGUCCAAAGUCGCGGUUUCGAAAGGUGAGCAAGUACGACAACACAGGGCGGA